UAUAGGACGCACACGCUCGCACCACCACACGGCCACCAUUGAUUUCCAGCGUAAAGUAACCACUUUUGAGUUUUGAGUAAGCAACUAAGCAAGCCAUGGCUGCGGUGGGCAAGCUGGGCAAGGCCAAGGAGGCGGACGCGGCGCGGUGCAGGAGGCACCCGAGCCACCGGCAUGCGGCGGGCGUGUGCCCCUUCUGCCUCAGCGACCGGCUCUCGCGCCUCUCCGCCGCGGCUAAGGCUGCCAACGAUGCCUCCGCCUCCUCGUCGGCGUCGUCACCGCGCUCGUCAGGCGGGGAGAGCGUCGCGUCGGCGCCGCCGCCCUGUCGCGAGACGAGGCGGGCGAGGCUGGGGAUGCUGAUGCAGCAGGAGGAGGCGGCCGCGGGUGACCGUCACGGCGGCCAGGAGAAGGCGCCGGUGGACGCCGAGGAGAAGAAGCCGGCCAAGAGGAGCAACUUCUGGGCGAGGCUGCAGCAGGGGAGGAGCUGGUACAGGAGGGACGGUUGCUCGCUGGCGCACUCCAAGGCGGCCGGCCACAAGACCGCCAAGCGGGCGCCGCUGUUCUGAACUCCGGCGCACGGUGCAGCGAGCUGUUCCGCACUCCGCCGAGGCGCGUGCAGUUGGUUCUUCUUCGUGGAAUCUUGGUCGUCUGCUGCACUCACGUCUGCGUUGCUGGUUACCUGCCCGCUGCCGCUGGCAACUUUCCGGUAGUACUGUAGUCCGUUGUUCUAUUGGUUUGUGCCUGUUGUUGCGUGGUUGUUGGAAGGACAGCCUAAUGGCUCGUCCAAUUUUGUAUAGAUCUCCAUGGAAAGAACCGGUGACAGUUCUCUUGA